AUGUCUUCCACACCCACCGUCACCGUCUGUUCCCCAGCGGACUUCCAUGUACAUCUCCGCCAGGGAGCGCUUUCUGCGCUCGUCGUUCCCCAUGUUGCGCUUGGAGGGUUCCAGCUUGCAUAUGUUAUGCCGAACCUGAAGCCUCCGAUCUCUACCACAGAUCAGGCUUUGGAGUACAAGGCCAAUCUCGAGCGCAUAGACCCCACCAUCGAAUACCUCAUGACGCUGUACCUGUCUCCUGACCUGACCCCCGAUGAGAUCCGGAAAGCAAAGAAAGCAGGCAUCGUCGGUGUAAAAUCGUAUCCCAGAGGUGUCACGACAAAUUCCGAUGGGGGUAUAGAAUCAUAUGAGGCGUAUUACCCCGUCUUCGAGGCCAUGGAGGAAGUCGACAUGGUCCUCAACCUCCACGGCGAAGUCCCCUCGGACGCUUCUGCGAACAUCCACGUUAUCAAUGCGGAGCUUUCGUUUUUGCCUCAUCUUCGAAAACUACACACACGCUUCCCUCGGCUUCGUAUCGUUCUUGAGCAUGCGACCACUCGCGCUGCAGUCGAGACAGUCAAGUCUCUCGGUCCGGCGGUCGCGUGCACGAUCACUGCGCAUCAUCUGGCUCUUACCGUAGACGACUGGGCCGGUCAGUCAUGGAACUUUUGCAAGCCCGUUGCAAAGUUCCCAGACGAUAGGGAGGCGUUGAGAGAGGUCAUUCGGGAAGGACAUCCCCGCUUCUUCCUCGGUUCUGACUCGGCGCCCCACCCUCCGUCGACAAAAUCGACGUCAACCCCCACCCAUGCCUGCGCCGCAGGCGUCUAUACGUCUCCCAUCCUUCUUCCCUUGACUGCCCAUCUCCUCGAGUCUUUCGGGGCACUGGACAACCUGGAGGGCUUCGUGAGCACGUUUGGCAGAAAGUUCUAUGGUAGGGAGGUCGCCAAUCGCGCAGACCACUCGCGUCAGGUGCGGCUCAGAAAAGUCACCGGACAGAGGGUGACGGAGAGCUGGACCGUGAACGGGGAAAGCGUUGUGGCAUUUUGGACGGGUAAGGACUUGGAUUGGGAAAUUGUUCGUGGUUAACUUUCCGUCACAUUUCGAGCGACUUCGAAAGACUUUGCGCCGGCAAACUUUGGGCUGCGUUGGAUGUAUCAGGUGCCAGAACAUAUAUUCUUAGCUAGGUGUAUCAUACGACUGCACCCUCAGACAUAUAUCGAACGUUGGCAUGAUGUUCAUGUCCGACGAGAAAGAA